CAGUGGGGCCGGUUGGAGAUGGAGGCGAACCCAGCGGGCAGCGGAGCCGGGGGCGGCGGGAGCAGCGGGCUGGGCGGCGAGGACGGGGUCCACUUCCAGAGCUACCCCUUCGACUUCCUGGAGUUCCUCAACCACCAGCGCUUUGAGCCCAUGGAGCUGUACGGCGAGCACGCCAAGGCCGUGGCCGCGCUGCCCUGCGCCCCGGGACCCCCGCCGCAGCCACCCCCGCAGCCGCCACCUCCGCAGUACGACUACCCGCCCACCGCCGCCUUCAAGCCCAAGGCAGAGACGCCCUCGUCGUCGUCCACCUCGUCGUCCUCCUCGGCCUCCUCGCACGCCAAGAAGCCCGACCCGCCCCUGGGGCCCGCCUUUGGGGCGCCCCCGCCGCCCCUGUUCGACGCCGCCUUCCCGGCCCCGCAGUGGGGCAUCGUGGACCUGUCCGGGCACCAGCACCUGUUCGGGAACCUGAAGCGCGGCGGGCCGGCCGCCGGGCCCGGGGCCACACCAGGCCUAGGCGCUGCGGCGGGGACGCCCAGCCCCAUGCCCACCCCGGCGCCCACCCCGCCGGGGGGCCCGGUGGCUGCCGCUGCGGCCGCGGCUGCCGCAGCCGCCGCCGCUGCCGCUGCAGGAGCUGCCACGUGUGACCCGGCCAAGGACGACAAGGGCUACUUCCGGCGGCUCAAGUACCUGAUGGAGCGGCGCUUCCCGUGCGGCGUGUGCCAGAAGUCCUUCAAGCAGUCGUCGCACCUGGUGCAGCACAUGCUCGUGCACUCGGGCGAGCGGCCCUACGAGUGCGGCGUGUGCGGCCGCACCUACAACCACGUGUCCAGCCUCAUCCGCCACCGCCGCUGCCACAAGGACGUGCCGCCCGCCGCCGUGCCCUCCGCCGCACCCCCGCCGCCCGCCGCUCCCCUCCCGCCGCUCGGCCUGCCCGGCCCAGCAGGGGUCCCCGGAGCGGCCGCAGCCACCCCCGCCACCACGCCGCCCAACGCGGCCACCCCGGCCACGGCCACAGCCACCGCGGGGCCCGCCGCCGCGCCCGCCGACGGCGCUGCCAACAUGGCCCAGGCCGGGCCCGCCGCCAUCGGGGCGCCUGCAGGAGCGGCGGCGGCGGCCGCGGGCGGCGGCGACGGCCCCUUCGCCUGCCCGCUGUGCUGGAAGGUGUUCAAGAAGCCGAGCCACCUGCACCAGCACCAGAUCAUCCACACGGGCGAGAAGCCCUUCUCCUGCUCCGUGUGCAACAAGAGCUUCAACCGGCGGGAGAGCCUCAAGCGCCACCUCAAGACGCACUCGGCCGACCUGCUGCGCCUGCCGUGCGGGGUGUGCGGCAAGGCCUUCCGCGACGCCGCCUACCUGCUCAAGCACCAGGCCGCGCACGCCAGCGCCGGGGCCCCGCGGCCCGCCUACCCCUGCGACCUGUGCGGCAAGUCCUACUCGGCGCCCCAGAGCCUGCUGCGCCACAAGGCCGCGCACAACGGCCCGCACGGCCCCGCUGCAGCCGCCGCAGCCGCCGCCAGCGUCGCGGCCAACAGUGCGCCCGACGGGCCCAAGGACGGGGCGGCCCCGCCGCAGCCCCCGCCGCCCUUCCCGCCGGGCCCCUACUUGCUGCCGCCAGACCCGCCGGCCAACGACAGCGACAAGGCGGCCACGGCGGCGGCGGCCGCCGUGGUGUACGGGGCCGUGCCAGUGCCGCUGCUCGGGGCGCACCCGCUGCUGCUCGGAGGCGGCGGCGCGGGCGGCGGCCCCUCGGCGGGCUCGGGCCCCGGCCUGCCGGGCAAGACCUUCUGCUGCGGCAUCUGCGGGCGCGCCUUCGGCCGGCGCGAGACGCUCAAGCGCCACGAGCGCAUCCACACGGGCGAGAAGCCGCACCAGUGCCCGGUGUGCGGCAAGCGCUUCCGCGAGUCCUUCCACCUGAGCAAGCACCACGUGGUGCACACGCGCGAGCGGCCCUACAAGUGCGAGCUGUGCGGCAAGGUGUUCGGCUACCCGCAGAGCCUCACGCGCCACCGCCAAGUGCACCGGCUGCAGCUGCCCUGCGCCCUGGCCGGCGCCGCGGGCCUCCCCGCCGCGCCGGGCGGGCCGGGGGCCUGCGGGGCGGGCGCCGGGGCGCCGGCCGAGGCGCUGAGCUACGCCUGCUCAGACUGCGGCGAGCACUUUCCGGACCUCUUCCACGUCAUGAGCCACAAGGAGGCGCACAUGGCCGAGAAGCCCUACGGCUGCGACGCGUGCGGCAAGACCUUCGGCUUCAUCGAGAACCUCAUGUGGCACAAGCUGGUGCACCAGGCCGCGCCCGAGCGCCUGCUGCCGCCCGCGCCCGGCGGCCCGCAGCCCCCCGACGGCCCCGCGGGCAGCGACGCGGCCGGCGCGCUGGACCACGGGCUGGCGGGCGAGGUGGGCGCGGCCGUGGCGGCGCUGGCCGGCGUGUCGGGGGCCGACGAGGCGGGGGGCGCGGGCGGCGGCGGCGGGGCCGGGGCGGGGGCGGGCGCCGAGCGCUUCAGCUGCGCCACCUGCGGCCAGAGCUUCAAGCACUUCCUGGGGCUGGUGACCCACAAGUACGUGCACCUGGUGCGCCGGACGCUGGGCUGCGGCCUGUGCGGCCAGAGCUUCGCGGGCGCCUACGACCUGCUGCUGCACCGCCGCAGCCACCGGCAGAAGCGCGGCUUCCGCUGCCCCGUGUGCGGCAAGCGCUUCUGGGAGGCCACGCUGCUGAUGCGCCACCAGCGCUGCCACACGGAGCAGCGGCCCUACCGCUGCGGCGUGUGCGGCCGCGGCUUCCUGCGCUCCUGGUACCUGCGGCAGCACCGCGUGGUGCACACGGGCGAGCGCGCCUUCAAGUGCAGCGUGUGCGCCAAGCGCUUCGCGCAGUCGUCCAGCCUGGCCGAGCACCGGCGGCUGCACGCCGUGGCCCGGCCCCAGCGCUGCGGCGCCUGCGGCAAGACCUUCCGCUACCGCUCCAACCUGCUGGAGCACCAGCGGCUGCACCUGGGCGAGCGCGCCUACCGCUGCGAGCACUGCGGCAAGGGCUUCUUCUACCUGAGCUCGGUGCUGCGCCACCAGCGCGCCCACGAGCCGCCGCGGCCCGAGCUGCGCUGCCCGGCCUGCCUCAAGGCCUUCAAGGAUCCCGGCUACUUCCGCAAGCACCUGGCGGCGCACCAGGGCGGCCGGCCGUUCCGCUGCUCGUCGUGCGGCGAGGGCUUCGCCAACACCUACGGCCUCAAGAAGCACCGCCUGAUGCACAAGGCCGAGGGCCUCGGGGCGCCCGGGGCCGGGGCCGCCGCCGCCACCCUGGCCGGGAAGGACGCCUGA